AUGCGACAGAGCGUUGAUCUAAAGGCUUUGCUAAACUUCGACGACAAUGAUUUCGGAGUGUUUCUCAGUUAUUUUAUUCUCACAUUGCUAUGUUUCAUCUACAAUUCGAUAGCUGCUUGUGUUGUGCAGGAAAUGGUUAAAUUUUCGACAAUAGCAUGUCGCCUAUUGACACUUGAGCAAUUGUUGCGAAUCGGAAUGUGCACAAUUUCGAUUUUUCACCUCUAUUGGUUCAUCGAAUCUAGAAGCAAUGAAAUGAUCGAUCAGAAAGUGCCAUGGAUUGUCGAAGCGAUUAAUUUAAUAACUUCUACAGUUUUUGUCGGAUUGUACUACAGCAUCGUACUGGUUGAGCUAUUUCUCAGUGUUCAGCGUUAUCGUGAUGUCAUCAUGAAUGAGAUUCAGGAAAAGGAGAAAACCUCUUCUCAUCAUUUCCCCAUCUGGACAGCUUUAUUCCUACCAACUGGGAUUUUACUAAUAAUUCAGUUCUUUAAAGAGGAGAAACUCCUUUAUGAUCCAAUCAGUUCAACUGUUUACUCACAUGGAUCUUUCUGGCAAUCCAUUCUAUUCUCUCUUCGUAUCAUUUCAAUAGCUUUAAAUGGAAUCUGUCUAUUUUAUGAUUAUAAAGUGAUAAAAUUCUCGAAAAAUCAUCUGGAAGUAUCAGGAAAAGAUGAUCAAUCGGUCAAAACGAGGAGACGUUUAGCGACACUGCUAAUCGUUAGAGAUAUCUGGAUGGGCCUUUCAUUUUUAUUAUCCAUCGUUCUUCCAUUUGUUUUUGAAGCUUUCUCUCUUCAACAAUCUCUCACAUUGUACAUUGCACACGGUGCUGUGCCCGUUUUCUUUCGAGCUAUCACUGGUCUCCUCACUGUAUGUUUUAUCGGAAAAAGAAAACGAGAUGAUCCAAAUGAUCAAAACUGUCAUUGUCAAUGUACAUUUAUAGUUUAU